ACAAGCUCCGCGUAGCUGUGCCCCCUCAGCCGACUGAAAGCACCGAGAGCCAGGCCUUGGUGGAAUCCGAGGACACGACGUGCGGAGAGGUUAACCAGUGAACCUCUCCGGACAUAGCGGCAACUGCACCUGCAUUGGCCCACCUUUUCGAGUGCUCCCAUAGGGGAUCACCAUCGCCGACCAAAUCCUUCGUCGAUUUCUAAUCUCUGCUGGAACGCAGAGUCUGAAGAAACUAUGGCAACAGCACCUCGCCGAACGGGCGGCGAUGUCGCUGCCCCAGCGCCUUUCUCAUAUGCCCAAGCCGCGAAGGGUCUGUCGACGACACCCUCUGUCCCCAGCAAGCCAUCCUCCGGCUCAGUGACCCCGGCUAAGGAAGCACAAUCCCUACCGACUAAUGCGCCCGCCGCAGCUGUGAUGAGCUGGGCUGAUGAUGCCGAGGCGAAUGACAGCCGCCCAGAGAAGUUAUCGAACGCACGAGAGCCUCGCACGCAACCGCCGCCUUCCGCACCGAAACAGAGCACGGCUUCUCAGCCAUCCACGACUUCUAUCGUAUCAUCCCCCGACUUGGGUGCUUCGUCUGCUUCGACGGUCACGAAAGAUGAUGAUGUUUCGUCAAUACCGAACACGUCUUCCGACUCGACUUGGGAGAAUAAGUCCCAGGCCUCUACGUCUGUUGACAAGUCGGCGGAGCCGACUGAGAAGACGUCAGAGAAGGGCAAGGGCAAGAAUGCUGAUAGCACUCCACCAAAGCCUCUGCAAGAGGCACCCGUUCCGGUGGUCAACAUAUGGAAGCAGCGAGCUGAAGAAGCUAAGGCCAAGGCGGUGCAGAAGCCGAACACUGCGAAACCAGCGGCGGCCGCUCCCGUUGCAGCACUCCCGAACGGGCUACCACAAGGACCUCAAGGGCCCAUGGCUAAGCAGGUCCAAGGGGCUGCAGCCGCGGACAGCACUGACGGUAAAGCGAAGGCUGUCACCUACGAGAGCAGACCGAAAGGUCGUGAAGAAGAGAAGGCGAUCCAGGCUAGAAAGGAUGCAAAAGCGGAUGCCGAACCAGACAGGUCUAAGAAAGCACAGAAAGGCCGACCACAGGAGAAGGAGGCAAAGCCGGCCCAGAGUGUUCUACCCCUGCCACCAGACCGUGACCAAGAAGCAUGGCCGACUCCAGAGACUGCCCUUGAUGAAAAUCGGAAAAAGGCACAGGAGAAAACUGGGCAGAGCGACAAGGAGCGCAAGGACGGCUCCUCGACCAAGUCCGGCGGCAAGAAGGAAUGGGUUAACAUGGCGAUAACACCCAAUGUGAUAUUCAAUACCCCGUUACCCAAUGGCGCAUCACGAAGAGGUGGCAGAGGGAUGGGCCGCGGAGGAGCGCAGAGUGGCGGACGAGCUGCUGUUUUCAGCUCUGAGAAAGAUGGGUCUGCGACAGCUGCUUUGCCUAAUGGCGAACAGCCGAGACGUGGGCGUCCGGAUGGCUCUGCUCGGGAUGCUUCUCCGAAAGAGAAGCGAACCGUUAGCGCUGGUUCGCUGAAUUUGAAAGAUAAGGCACCAGCUCUCUCUGGGGAGAAAUCCUCGAGAGCCGCAGCAUCCGAGGCAGACGCGCCAUCCAGACGAGCUUCUGUUAUGACCGAACCGGGCGCUAGCUCACACAUCUCGGGACAGAACAACACGUUCCCGCGGCAGUAUCCCUCUGGCCGACCGAACAAAGGCAGGAGAGGUGAGAUUCCUAGUCAAGGAGACAGGAGAAAAGAUAGUGAGCUUGUUUCUCCGACGAAGGAGAACGGUGUUCCGAACGAUCGACGGACCUCCGUUUCUACGCAAACAGAGGGUCCCGAGGACGGUGAACGUCUAGCGUCGAUAUUUCCAGAUGGUCAGACUUCUUCACAGUCGAAGCAAGGGCUGAACGAUCGUCGGUUCAGCUCCUUCUCUAGUCGCGAACGGGGCCGUGGCGGUGGUCGCGGUGGUCGCGGGAAUUAUCAGAACGGUCAGCAGUUUGCUAACGGUCACGUGGCGCCUCUGAAACCUUCGUCUACGUUCCCUGGACCGCUCUCGCCGACCUCGUUCAAUCCGGAACAGAAUGCCUACUUCCCUCCACCUCCCGGUAGGUACAGGGGCAACGGUCCACGCUCCCAGUCUGUCACCACCGACAGUAUGUAUCGAGUCCCUGGCUACCACGGUGGACAUCAACAGCUAGCCCCUAUCCAUACAUACAUGGGAAACAUGUAUGACUAUCCGGUGAUGCAGCCUUUGACUGCUGCACCGUACAGUCCGUUUGGGGUGGAUCAUUACACGCUGUUCUCCAUGGUGACGACCCAGCUGGAGUACUACUUUUCUGUGGAGAAUCUCUGCAAGGAUAUCUUUCUGCGCAAGCACAUGGAUUCUAAGGGCUUCGUCUUCCUCAGUGUGAUUGCUGAUUUCAACCGGAUCAAGCAGCUCACCACUGACAUGGAGCUCAUCAAGCUGGUCUGUUACCAGUCAAGGCUGAUCGAAUUCCGCAUCGGCCACGACGGCAAAGACAGACUCCGCCGUCGAGAGGGGUGGGAGCAGUGGGUCCUUGUAAUGUCCGAGCGUGAUCCUUCUGUGCAGAAUGAUGGACCUGAGGAGUUGUACAACCCACCGAUUCCCCACCCUCAGGGCUUUGAUCAGAAUGGCUUGCCUAGGUAUCCCGACAUGCCUGCAACUUCCCCAACCGCUACAGCUCCCUUCGGAAACGAUGGGCCGUAUGCGUCGGUGAACGGGUUCCAUCCUGGUGCUUCCCAGCACGGCGCUGCCACCCCGGCCGAUAGUCUCCCUAACGGUACCAACACCGAAGGUCUGAAUGGCUACCCUAUCGACGAUUCGACAAAGGCUGUGAGUGGCGAACCCGAUUCAUUUUUUGACGAGCAAGUCGAGAGCUUGACUGUCGUUGUUCGAAAACAAGACCAGUCUCAGCCGCCCGCCUUGCCACCUUCUGCUUCCAGAACCUUUUCUAAUGGCUCUAUCGAUAGUAGGAGCGGCAUGUCGGACGAGUCUGAGAGGUUGACCGGCCACCAAGAGAGACUGCGGGUCAACGGCACUGGUCCUUCACAGGGUGUUGAGAGCAAAGCCAAAGAUCAAAGCCGGAGAGCUUUGAGCCCCUCUGCGCCUUCUUCCACGACGAGUCCUGUUCGCCUCUAUUGGGUCAAAGACAACAAAGAUGCGCCUGUUUCUUCCCUCCCCUCCGAUUCUUCGCAUGAAUCCUAUCACCACCUUCGAUCGAAGGCGCUGCAGCAGCGCCAGAGUAUGCCCCCUGGUUCUUGCCCCUAUGAUAUGGACGUAUUAUACCAAUUUUGGUCUCAUUUUCUCAUACGGAAUUUCAACUCCCGAAUGUACGACGAAUUCCGCCAUUUCGCUUUCGAAGAUGCCACCCACAUGUCGGAAGUUGGCUUGACGAAUUUGAUCAAGUUCUACGGAGAGUCGUUGUUAUCAUCUCAGAAUCUAAUACGGGAACGCGUCGCUCGCGAUUAUGUCGACCUUGUCCGAUCGGAGAACGAGCAUCGACGUCCGGCUUUCAAACAACUGCGGUCAGCUUUACGCAACGGUGCCCUCGACCCCCGGAAUCGACGGCGCAUAGGAGACUUUCUGGAUGCCGAGCUUAAGGCUUCACUGGAAUGAAGCUGCGGGUUUCAAUCCUUACGAGUUCGACUUUUUG